AUGGAACACGCCCACGUUCUGCCGACGGUCGCGCCCGUCCUUUUAAGCCCGAGUCGCGGCCUGCACCCAACUCCGGCCACGAAUUUCCCGCUCCACCUUCGGGAUAUGGAGAACCAAGGUUGGGCUACCGCUGCAUACGGCCGUGCAUGUGCUGGAUGUGCCCAGGCCAAAUGCAAAUGCUUGGUUACUGAGCAAGGCGGCAGCUGUGCGAGGUGCCGCCGGUUGAACCGCGAAUGCCGCCCAGCCACUCGGACUCGCAAAGUGAACCCUCAGCGGAGGUCCGCCGCCGAAAAGACUGCACAGCUGGAGCGGAGAUUGGACGAGCUCGCCUCGCUCCUCCAAAGUACUGCCCGAGGGCCUGCGGUCGCAGCCACGCCCGGCCCUGCUCCUUCGGACUCGGGGCUCAGUACUAGUGAAUCCCGAACAUCUGGUCCGUCGCAGCAAUCCACGCAGCCAAGCUCAAGCGGCACGUCCCGGACAGACAGCAGAUCUGUCGCCGUAACAGAUCGGGUUGCCGAAGAGGAUGAGAUCCUGGCGGCGUUCCGCGCCAGACUUCACUAUUUCCCUUUCAUACAUAUCGAGCCCUCUUCUUGCGCGUCAGACAUCAAGGCGGACUCUCCGUUUCUUUGGCGCUGCAUGGUUGCACUCCAUUGCAAAGAUGUACCACGACGGGAUGCUUUACAUACCGAACUCAAAGAGGCGCUUGCCAAGGCAUUACUGGCCGACUGCAAGAGGAGUCUUGAUCUCCUGCAGAGCGUCCUCGUCUACCUUGCCUGGAUCGGCUUCGAAGCCCAGCCGCGGAAAGUGUCACUAGGGCCAUAUAUGCAAAUGGCUACCAGUCUAGUUUUCGAUAUCGGGCUCAACAGACCGCCUCCACAAUAUGUGGACAAUACAGGCAGCCAGUUCAUCAAGAUUGGAGCGGGACCUUGUAGACCCUGGGUCUCGCUAUCACGCACCAUGGAUGAGCGACGGGCGGUGCUAGGGUGCUUCGUUAUCUGCUCCACAAUAUCGCAGACGCUCUCUCGUACCGAUUAUCUACGGUGGACCCCGCAUAUGACAGAGUGUCUUGAGUUCCUCGCUCAAAAGAAAGCUACGCUCGAUGAUGCUGUUCUAGUCCAAAUUGUUCGCGCGCAGCGCGUCGUUGACAAAGUCAUCAAGGGAUUAGGAAACGGAUUUGACGGUGUCGAGGAUGGAUAUAACACCGGCGCCCCCUUAUCGUUUUAUCUCAAGGGUCUACAAUCAGAGAUUGACGAGAUCCGGGCCGGGAUGCCGACAGAACUCCUCCAGAAUACCGUCGUCCUUUCACAUCUAGCAUAUGCUGAAAUUGCGAUCUACGAAACAGCGGUAGCGAAGUCUCCAUCACCAAACCAGGGAUUAGACUUUGUCCAUCUGGAUCACCUCUACGCCUGCCUAAGCGCAAUCAGACAGAGGUUUGAGCUCAUCCUCAGUUUCCCAGUAGAUGUUUUCUUCUAUCUAGCCACGACCACUCUUAUGCACACGGCACACUCUAUGGUCGCGCUUUUCCGCCUGUCAACGUUCGAGUACCCCGGCUGGGACUUGCUUGCUGUCCGUCAAACGGCCGAUCUCUUAUCACUCACUCGCCAAAUCGCCGACAAGUUCUUUCAGCUGGCCGAUACGGUGGGCCUGCGAAACAGCGGAGGGGAGGAGGAUUCCUUCAAAACAGCAGCCAAGGCCCUCAUGGGUCUUCAAGCAGGCUGGGCAAUCAGAUUCCCUAAUAUUCAGCCAGUGACCAUGCAAACGGCUGAUGUGCCGCAGCUGCCUGAAAUCGAUCAGGAGCUUGUCAACUCUUGGCUCGCGUCGCAAGAUUUCACCUGGUUCACGGACUUUUCGCUCCAGCGGGGACCCGGUUAA